CUUCACAUCCACUGCCCUACUCAUCAUAGCUCUUCUGGCGAACGAACAGAACAAACACACAGCCAGUGACAAAAGAAAACUUGAAAACACUUCGCACGUCUCUCUGAUCUCCGGCGAUGAAGAGCCUCGCGCUUGGCUCUCUCUCCACCACCGCUUCAUUCUCCCACCACCACCAUCCCUCACGCAUCUCUCUCCUCCGCCGCAUCUCAUCGAGAUCUCCGCCACCAACCAUCUCUCUCCCUUCUCUCCCGACUAUCCGAUCUCUCUCCGUUCAACCUCUCACCUUCCCUCUCCUCAAACCAAUCCCCCGCUUCUCCACAACACGGAUCUCCGCCGCACCACGCGACGUCGUCCCUCCUCCUCCUCCUCCUCCGCCGCCGCAAGGAGCGAAACUACUCCCUCUGAUCCUCUCCCUCUCCGUGGGUCUAAUCCUCCGAUUCGCCGUCCCUCUACCGGAAGGAGUCACCCCGCAAGGCUGGCAGCUCCUCUCCAUCUUCCUCUCCACCAUCGCCGGCCUCGUCCUCAGCCCACUCCCCGUCGGAGCGUGGGCCUUCCUGGGCCUCACCGCUUCCAUCGUCACCAAAACGCUUUCCUUCUCCGCGGCCUUCUCCGCCUUCACGAGCGAGGUCAUCUGGCUGAUCGUCAUCUCCUUCUUCUUCGCUCGCGGCUUCGUCAAGACCGGUCUCGGUGAUAGGAUCGCUACUUACUUCGUCAAGUGGCUCGGCAAGAGCACGUUAGGUCUCUCCUACGGGUUGACGAUUAGCGAAGCUUUGAUUGCUCCUGCUAUGCCGAGCACGACGGCUAGAGCCGGUGGUAUUUUCUUGCCGAUCAUUAAGUCGCUUUCUCUCUCCGCUGGGAGUAAACCAAAUGAUUCUUCUUCGAGGAAGUUAGGUUCUUACCUGAUCCAAAACCAGUUCCAGUGUGCUGGAAACUCUAGUGCUCUGUUCUUGACUGCAGCAGCUCAGAAUUUACUGUGUCUCAAGUUAGCGGAGGAGCUUGGAGUAGUGAUAGCAAACCCAUGGGUGUCUUGGUUCAAAGCAGCUAGUCUACCAGCAAUCAUAUCGCUUCUAUGUACACCACUUAUCCUCUACAAGCUUUACCCUCCAGAAACCAAAGACACACCCGAAGCUCCUGGUAUCGCUGCUUUGAAGCUCAAGCAGAUGGGUCCCGUCACUAAAAACGAAUGGAUCAUGGUCGGUACCAUGCUUCUCGCCGUCACUCUUUGGAUCUGCGGAGAGACUCUAGGGAUACCGAGUGUUGUAGCUGCAAUGAUCGGUCUCUCCAUACUUCUUCUCCUCGGUGUACUUAACUGGGACGAUUGCCUUAGCGAAAAAUCAGCGUGGGACACGUUAGCUUGGUUUGCGGUCUUGGUGGGGAUGGCGGGACAGCUGACAAGCCUCGGUGUUGUGUCAUGGAUGUCUGAUUGCGUAGCCAAAGUUUUGCAGUCUCUCUCGUUGAGCUGGCCUGCUGCGUUUGGUCUUCUCCAAGCAGCUUACUUCUUCAUUCACUACCUUUUCGCAAGCCAAACGGGUCACGUUGGAGCUCUAUUCUCGGCUUUCUUGGCUAUGAAUAUAGCAGCGGGUGUUCCAGGGGUAUUAGCUGCACUUGCUUUGGCGUAUAACACCAAUCUUUUUGGUGCUUUGACUCAUUACAGUAGCGGUCAAGCCGCUGUCUACUAUGGAGCUGGGUAUGUUGAUCUACCUGAUGUAUUCAAGAUUGGAUUUGUGAUGGCAACCAUUAAUGCUAUCAUCUGGGGAGUAGUUGGAACUUUCUGGUGGAAGUUUUUGGGUCUCUAUUAAAGAGCUUUACUUAAAAUCAUCACAAGUUGUUCUUCAAAGCUUGCAACGACGUUUAAUCUCGUUGAUCAUUUGGUUUUAGAGGGUUUUGUUUCCUCUUCUUUUAAGAAAAAAUUUACAUUCAGAGACUUUACAAUGGAUCUGCAUUUACUUCAUUUUCAGAUCUGUUUAUGGAUGUUAUGACUUUUUUCUUAUUACUUACCUGCAUAUUCUUAA